ACCUUGUCUGGGCAUAUCUUGGUAGAAGCUAGGUAGAUGCAGAGAUAACCCCCCCCGUUCUUGCUGCUGGGCUCACCCAAUUUCCGCAAUUGCGAGCUAUAUACCUGAGCAACCUAAGCAAGCAAUAUGUCUCGUUCUAAUCGGCCUUUUGGCCAUUAUGACUUCCCACCUCGUGAUCCGUCCGCGAACGAACAAUUUCGCCGCCCUAGAGGUAAUUCGAGACGUCCCGAGUUUGAACCGUUGAGGAAUAUUCAAGUACAAGUCGAUUCGAGUUCCGACGACGACGACGACGAUAUACCCGUCACGAAGCCGAACCGACCUGCCCAGCACUCACGCUCAAUGAGUCACCCGUUUCCCUCGCUUUUCUCUAGCAAGAAGAGGAAGAAUGCACGACCCGAAGACGAGUCCGGAAGCGGAGACUUUACCGCUGACAUCGGUCCUAAACCCAUAGCGCAGCAGAAUAUGGCUCCUAGAAUGAUACCGCGUGGGCCAGUAGAUUUCGCGACGGGGAAUUGUAUGACGUGUGCUAGCUUGGUCCGAUGGCCUAAAGAGCUUCAUAUCUUCAGGUGCACCAUUUGCUUAACCAUAAAUGAUCUCAAACCCUACGAUUCUGCCGCUGGUCAUACGGGUACACAACUCGGAGUUAGCGGUGCUUCGCCUCCAAACGAGACUGAGUUCGACCCCUCACGACGACCUUCGCAAUGUCCAAAUUCUAUAUCGCUCGAUCGCACCAAGCAUAUCAUCAAGCAAUGUUUACGUUCAUCGUUAGAAGUUUGUAUAUCGGCACAAUCACGCCCAGAGCGUACCGGAAUUUGGCCAGGCCGAUUCUUACCACGUCCACCCAACGAGCAUUCUGCAAAGAUCCAACCCCCAAGUAAGCAAGGUAGUUCGCCCACUUCAAGUGCAAGCCCGCCUAGCCAUGUCUAUAAUGCCGUGUUCGAUGACUUUGCCGAUCUCAAUCUUGAACCAAAUCCAUUGAACCGUAACGUAUCUAUGGCGAGGUCGUACUCGACGUCGUAUCCUGACGUCAGGAGUUCGACUUUCCCUGUGACUGAUCCCGUCGGUGAAUGUCCAGACGCCACAGUUUCGGAUUUAGAGCCCAAGAUAAUUUUUAAGAAGCUGGAGGAAUACUUAGUGUCAUGUUUUAGUUCCUAUCUAUGUAUCAACAAUUCAUUCGCUACUCGGCACAUGAGCGCCAGCUCUAAGCUUCCCCCCGAAGCUGUUAAGCAGCAGGCCCCUGAAAGUAAGAAGGAGCCAGUUCGCGACGAUACACCAAUUUCAGAACUCGACCCUAAACUAUUACUUUUGGGCGACGUCGCGGAGAAUGGCACAUGGUGGACCGGGGGUCGAGAGGAGGUUCUACCCUCAAAGACCCCAUCCCGGCGGAAAGACGAUGUACCCUCCAUUGUAUCUUCCAGAUCCCCCCGAAUCGACUGGGGCGCAGCCAGUGAAUGGUAUCAUGUGGUAGUCAAUGCAGCCCAGCUCUGGCCGGAAGUCUAUGCAGAGGUGCUUUUACUUGAUCCGUCUCGGGUACUGUCAGAUGCAAAGCUAUUACAAUUCGAAUCACUCGCUAUCUCGGCUCAAGAGCAUAUACAGCAGGUUCUAUUAAAGUGUACAGAAACGCUCCUCAAACGACCAUGUCGGUUAAUGAAAGAGCCUCGGGAUAUUCGCUUUUUGCUCUUGAUGUUGGCGAAUCCUCUUCUUAUUUCAGGAUUCAAAUCAUACAGCGGCCAGUAUCAACAUCUAAGCAAGGGAAAGAGAGUGGCUGCAGGACAGAGUGUAGUAGAGUCUCAGACUAAGACUUCCGGAAGGCACUCCGGAAUUAUCAAGCGAAUUCUUGGUUUACUAGCAAAUUCGUCUGAGCCAUGCCAUCAUCACCUGGUUACCUGGUUCUCUAGGUUGCCCGAACAUCUCUUACUUCAAACGAAGGAUCUAAUCAACGGGUUCAUCGCCUACAGGUUGAACCGGCAAAGCCAGAAGACGGUUGAGCCACGAAUUGACGUAACGGGUGGUUUAAUUCCACAGAUGUCUAAUUCUCGCUCUAGUAAUACAGCGGCAUCACUUCACGCCGCCCUAGAAUCCUCCAAGUCAAAAAAGCAGAAGCUGCCCAUCGAACCGCAACGCGCGGCGUAUACGGAUGACUGGCAAAUUAAAGCCGCCGCAAGGGUCAUGGCUCUUGUAUAUUCAGGCAAUACUUUGACGUACGUCCGGCGUACUGAUAAAUCUGGUGGGCGUAGCCAUGGCCAUUUAAUACCGAAAAGCGAUUUUUACAACUCGCUGGUUGACGGCUUAGACUUCAAAGCCGACUUUGAGCUAUGGGAAUCAAGAAGAGGCCGUUUCACCUUCUGCCAAUAUCCGUUCUUUCUCAGCAUCUGGGCGAAGAUACAGAUAUUGGAGUUCGAUGCCAAACGGCAAAUGGCCGGAAAAGCGAGAGAAGCUUUCUUCGACAGUAUUUUGACACACAGGAACUACGAGCAAUACCUUAACCUAAAUAUCCGUCGAGAAUGCCUCGUGGAAGAUAGCCUGAAGCAAGUAAGUGAAGUCGUCGGUAGCGGUAGUGAGGAAAUCAAAAAAGGUCUACGUAUCGAAUUCAGAGGGGAGGAGGGUAUUGAUGGUGGAGGACUUCGGAAGGAAUGGUUUUUGCUUCUCGUGAGAGAGGUAUUCAAUCCAGACCAUGGGCUCUUUGUUUACGACGAAGACUCUAAUUUCUGCUACUUCAACCCGAAUACUUUCGAGACAUCAGAUCAAUACUUCCUUGUCGGAGUAGUACUUGGAUUGGCCAUAUACAACUCAACCAUAUUGGACGUCGCAUUACCACCCUUUGCUUUCAGAAAGCUACUCGCCUCCGCUCCUCCUCCUACCCUCGGGGCACCGGCGCACUCACGUCCGACAAUGAAUUACACUUUGGACGAUUUAGCUGAGUUUCGCCCAGUCCUCGCAAAGGGGCUUCGGCAAUUACUAGGCUACGAGGGAGAUGUCCAGUCUACAUUUUGUCUCGACUUCGUGAUUGAGGUCGAGAAAUAUGGUACUAGAGUUCGAGUGCCUCUUUGCCCAGGGGGCGAGUCGAAGAUGGUGACAAACGCAAAUCGGCGGGAGUACGUCGACCUUUAUGUCAGAUAUCUGCUUGAUACUUCGGUCAGCCGGCAAUUUGAACCUUUCAAGCGAGGCUUCUUCACCGUAUGUGCUGGCAACGCACUGACGCUUUUCAAACCGGAGGAGAUUGAACUCCUUAUCCGCGGUUCAGAUGAAUCGUUAGAUAUUACUGCCUUGCAAGGAGCUGCGGCGUAUACAAACUGGCCAAUCCACAUGCCACCCGACCAACAGCCCACGAUACAGUGGUUCUGGGAUACGUUCGAGAGAGCUUCUAUUACGGAUCAACGUCGGUUACUAUCUUUCAUAACGGGCAGUGACCGCAUCCCAGCUAUGGGUGCGGCAUCUCUCGUAAUCAAGAUCAAUUGUCUGGGCAUCGACGAAGGGCGGUUCCCUUCCGCGAGGACGUGCUUUAAUAUCUUAGGCUUAUACCGCUACGCCUCACGCCAAAGACUGGAAGAAUUUCUAUGGCGAGCGGUUAACGAGAGCGAGGGAUUUGGACUCAAGUAAUAGUGUAGGACAGGUUCACGGGCUCAUGGCAGCAUUUCAGAGGCGUUUAUGGAUUCGGGGCGCCCUUCGAAAAUGGUGUGCUGAAAUACCCAUGAACGGAUACUUGAACAAAAUUAUAUGCUACUAGUAUUGUACUUGGAUGGCAGGACUUCUCGGGACAAGAGGAGACCUGUAAUUAAGGGGGCGUUCGCACUGAUUAUACCCAGCCAGCUGUAUCAUUGCUGUAUAUGGCCACCAUAGCGAAUGAUGAAUUCAACCUUUGCUUCUUGAA